GCUGCGGGGAGGGCGGGACUUCCUGCGCGGGGGCCGGAGCGGCCGGGUCGACCGGCUCUCCGCGGUCCUGGCUCGCGUGGUGGCGGCGGCGGAGCGUCUCCGUUAGGAGGUGCGCGGGGGCCAUGACGUCAGCGUCCACAAAGGUCGGAGAGAUCUUCUCGGCGGCCGGCGCCGCGUUCACGAAGCUCGGGGAGCUGACGAUGCAGUUGCACCCAGUGGCCGACUCUUCCCCAGCGGGUGCCAAGUGGACGGACACGGAGAUAGAGAUGCUGAGGGCUGCUGUGAAGCGAUUUGGGGACGAUCUUAAUCACAUCAGCUGUGUCAUCAAGGAACGAACAGUGGCUCAGAUAAAGGCCACUGUGAAACGAAAAGUAUAUGAGGACUCUGGCAUCCCUCUUCCAGCGGAGUCACCCAAAAAAGGUCCCAAAAAGGUGGCAUCUGGUGUCCUGUCACCUCCUGCACCUGCCCCUCCACUCAGCAGCAGUUCCAGUGCCCCUGAUGCCAGCGGUCCUGCACUGAAGAAACAGAAGACUGAUGUGACCCUCAGUGCUCUGAACGACUCCGACGCCAACAGUGACCUGGUGGAUAUUGAAGGGCUAGGAGAAACUCCUCCCGCCAAGAAACUCAACUUUGACCAGGACAGCCUGACGCUGGAUUCUGGCCUUCUCCCGACCUCUACUGAUGUUCCUCUACUCUCCUGCUGACCCUUCCACCUCUGACCCUCUCACUGUUCACUUUGGACCUGUGGAUCACAUGGAACUUUGAGCAAAGCCUUCAGGAGAGAGGAUCAGAGGGCUGCUGGAGCAAUCUGCUUGGUACCUCCUAAGAACCGUCUGUCCCCCCCCUCACCUCCAUCAGAUGGACAUUUUUAUACAGACAACAAUAAAGAUUUCUCCCACCAUA